UAAUCACAAUAAAUAGAAACCCAAAAGGAACUACGACAACUUUGAGUCAUGACGUCUGAAACGCCGAUUUUUCAAAAUAUUGACAUAGAAGCCUAUAUCUUGAAUGAAUACAUUCCCGCUAAGCCUCUGGAUGUGAAUUUGGAAGUUCAUUUUAGUGAUUCGGAGCUUGCAUCUACGGAAGCAUGUGCACAGCUGAGAUGCGGAGACGUUUUGAAAUUCCCAUUUGUACGUCCGGGGCAUCAGCCGAGGGCAGUGGCGAUAAGAAAGAGCGAGGUUCUCGUUUCAGAAGAUGCGGCAACGGAAACAAAACGCGUGGUGGAGCUUACACUGGAAUCCCCGGACUUAUUUGAAUUCCAACCAGGAGACACCAUCGCCGUUCUACCAAGCAAUGAUGGGAAGCUAGUGGACAAGUUGCUGGAUCGCCUCGAUCUGAUGUCUAAGGCAGACACGAUGUGCAACGUGAAGCUUGCACUGAUCUGUGCCAAAAAAGGCGCCAAAGUUCCAGCGCACAUUCCGCAGACUACGAGCCCUCGGGAGAUCCUUACCCACUGUCUGGCACUCAAUGCUGUUCCACAGAAGCAAUUUCUUAGCGGACUAGCUGGUUUUACUGAAAAUAAAAAGGAACGCAGCUUCCUGGCCUGCCUAUCUUCAAAGCAGGCCGCGUCUUCCUACAGUGAACUUGUUUUAGAGCGUGGAUUCUGCUUUUUAAACAUUCUGGAGAUCUGUGCCAGCUGCAGACCCUCCCUAGCCUUCCUGGUGGAGCACUUACCACGGCUGUUGCCACGUCCAUACUCACUAUCCAAUAGUCCUUUGGCGACCGGACCCCAGGAGCUGCAGAUAAUCUACUCGAUCCUCAGCCAAAACCCCGGAGUUACAACCAGCAUGAUGGAAUCGAAAGCCCAUAAAAUCGACAAAGGGGAGCCCGCUGAAAUUGUUGUUUAUCCCCGGUUAAGCAAUAAUUUCCGAUACACGGAGGAUCUUUCCAGCAAUCAAAUCCUCAUUGCUGUGGGCACGGGCGUAGCUCCUUUUCUUGGCUUCCUAUCCCACAAAGAGCAGCUCCUAAAUCAACAGUCCCAAAGGGACAUAGGAAAGACCUGGCUUUAUUUAGGCGCCAAGACAACGCGAGCUACUCUGAAUCUGGACCAACUCCUAGUCUGGCAGCUGACCUCAGUGCUGCAGCGACUUCGCAUGUGUCAAUCGCGUGGAGAGUCUCCCUGCUACGUGCAACAGCUACUGGAGGAGGAUUCGGAGGAGCUGGUCCCGUUGCUAUUGGAGGCCAAUACGGUGCUCUAUGUGUGUGCUGACGGGGCCAAAAUAUCCCAGUCUAUUGCUAGUGGCUUGAUCAAGUGCCUCCAGACAGCUCUGCAUCUCUCAGAAGAAGAGGCGGCACAAAAGCUUAAGGAGCUAAGAGCCCAAGGCAAAUACCGCGAAGAUGUUUGGUUAUAAAGAGCUUCUACUUAGCUUUUCUUAGAAUAAAAAUAGUUUGGUUGUUGUCUUAAUGUUUAAAUAGUUUUGUUGAACUACUUUUUACUUUCCAUGUAACACCUGUAAUUAGUUUAAGAGAAAAAACACUUUGGCUUUGGUCGAAUAAGUAAAUAACGAUAUAUUUAACAACACAAAAUAAAAAUUACAGUGCAGUCUAAACUAAA